AUGUACGGCAGUGCCAGAGCUGUUGGCCAUAUAGAGAGCAGCCCCGCACGGUCCCCGCGCCUGCCAAGGUCCCCCAGACUGGGCCAUCGGAGGGCCAACAGUGGGGGCGGGGGUGGUGCGGGGGGCAAGACGCUCUCCAUGGAGAACAUCCAGUCCCUCAACGCUGCCUACGCCACGUCAGGGCCCAUGUACCUUAGCGACCACGAGGGCGUGGGCUCCACUGCCACUUACCCCAAGGGCACCAUGACUCUGGGUCGCGCCACCAGCCGGGCCAUGUACGGGGGUCGGGUCACAGCCAUGGGCAGCAGUCCCAACAUCGCUUCCGUGGGGCUGCCCCACGCUGACCUUCUGUCUUACAGUGACCUGGGCUCCCUCUCCAUGCUGCACGCCCACCAUCACCACCACCACCAGGGGGUGCCCUCUGCUCUGCUGAGGCAGGCGGUGCGGAGCAGUGGUGGGGACCUGCUGGAGAUACAGGCCCAGUUCAGGGAGAUGCAGAGGGAGAAUGAUCUGCUGCGCAGGGAGCUGGACCUGAAGGACAGUAAGUUGGGAUCGUCCACCAACAGCAUCAAGAGCUUCUGGAGUCCUGAGCUGAAGAAAGAGAGAAUAAUGAGGAAAGAGGAGGCUGCACGCACAUCGAUCCUGAAGGAGCAGAUGAGAGUGACCCAUGAGGAGAACCAGCAUCUCCAGAUGACCAUCCAGGCUCUGCAGGACGAGCUGCGCACACAGCGAGACCUGAACCACCUGCUGCAGCAGGAGGACCGCAGCCGCUCCGAUCACUUCACCACCAUCGAGCUGACAGAAGAGAACUUCCGUCGGCUGCAGGCAGAACACGACCGGCAGGCCAAGGAGCUCUUCUUGCUGAGAAAGACGCUGGAGGAGAUGGAGCUGAGGAUCGAGACACAGAAACAGACCCUGGGUGCCAGAGACGAGUCCAUCAAGAAGCUGCUGGAGAUGCUGCAGAGCAAAGGGCUGCCCUCGGGCAGGGCGUGCGAGGAGGAAGAGCAGGAGAGAGCUAGGCGGAUUGCCGAUGCAGAGGCCCAGCUGGGACACCUGGAGGUCAUUCUGGAUCAGAAGGAGAAAGAGAACAUCCAUCUACGAGAGGAACUGCACAGAAGAAAUCAGCUUCAUCAAGAUCCAGGCAAAACCAAGGCCCUGCAGACCAUCAUCGAGAUGAAAGACACCAAAAUUGCCUCUCUGGAGCGCAACAUCCGAGAUCUGGAGGAUGAGAUCCAGAUGCUGAAGGCGAACGGCUUACUGAACACAGAGGACAGAGAGGAGGAGAUCAAGCAGAUGGAGGUCUACAAGAACCACUCAAAGUUCAUGAAGUCCAAGAUUGACCAGCUGAAGCAGGAGCUGUCGAAGAAGGAGUCGGAGCUGUUGGCGCUGCAGACAAAACUAGAGACCCUCAACAACCAGAACUCUGACUGCAAACAGCAUAUCGAGGUGCUCAAAGAGUCUCUCACUGCCAAGGAGCAACGUGCUGCCAUCCUGCAAACAGAGGUGGAUGCUCUCCGUCUGCGCCUGGAGGAGAAAGAGUCCUUCCUGAACAAGAAGACCAAGCAGCUGCAGGACCUGACGGAGGAGAAGGGAACUCUCGCUGGAGAAAUCAGGGACAUGAAGGACAUGCUGGAGGUCAAAGAGCGGAAGAUCAAUGUCCUGCAGAAGAAGAUUGAGAAUCUGCAGGACCAGCUGCGGGACAAAGACAAGCAGCUGAGCAACCUGAAGGACAGGGUCAAGUCUCUGCAGACCGACUCCAGUAACACAGACACUGCCUUGGCCACCCUGGAGGAGGCGCUGUCAGAGAAGGAGAGGAUUAUAGAGCGUUUAAAGGACCAAAGAGAGAGAGAGGAUAGAGAACGUCUGGAGGAGGUGGAGUCGUACAAGAAGGAGAACAAGGACCUAAAGGAGAAGGUCAACAGCCUGCAGAUAGAGUUAACAGACAAAGAGUCCAAUCUCAUCGAUCUGAAGGACCACGCUUCAUCUCUUGCGUCUUCUGGCCUCAAGAGGGAUUCAAAGCUCAAAUCACUGGAGAUCGCCAUCGAGCAGAAAAAAGAGGAGUGUAGUAAGUUGGAGACGCAGUUGCAGAAGAAAGCCCAUGAGGUGGAGCAGCAGUCGGGCCCCAGAGGGAACCCAGAGUUCGUAGAUCGAGUGAAGCUGCUGGAGAAAGAGAUGAACUACUACAAGGACGAGUCCGGCAAGUCUCAGACGGAGGUGGAGCGACUCCUGGACAUCCUGCGAGAGGUGGAGACCGAAAAGAACGAUAAGGACAAGAAGAUCGCAGAGUUGGAAAGCCCCCCUCCCUCUGCCCCUCGCCUCAUCCCUCGUCCCAGUGGCAGAGCUCCCCCUGACCCGCUCCCUUCUGUCUCUGCUGCCCCCCAGCAGAUAGGGGGCAUGGUGUGGGAUUUCCUGGGAAAUCUAGCUCCCAGACAAGGAGGCAAAGACCAGACUAAGAAGGGUCCAAACAUAAAGCUGGGACCACAAGGAGACAAGAAAGGCUUAGGACAGGACCCUCGCAAGGACGGCUCCAUGGACAGUGGCCACCACGUAAAGCUGGAGGAGUUGAUGACCACGCUAGAAAGGACGAGGCAGGAGCUGGACGCCACAAAGCAGCGUCUGUCCUCCACACAGCAGUCUCUGCAGGAGAGGGACACGCACCUCACCAGCAUGAGACAAGAUCGCAGAAAACAGCUGGAGGAGAUCCUGGAGAUGAAACAACAGGCUCUUCUGGCAGCCAUCAGUGAGAAAGAUGCAAAUAUUGCACUGCUGGAACUUUCCUCCUCCAAUAAGAAGAAGACCCAGGAGGAGGUGCUGAGCCUCAAGAGGGAGCGGGACAAGCUGAUGCACCAGCUCAAACAGCACACACAAAGCAGGAUGAAACUGAUCGCCGACAACUAUGAAGAUGAGCAAUAUCACCCACAUGGUCCUCACCACCCCCAGCCUCAGCCACCACUCAAUACUCACACACCACUCAUCCACCACAUCCUCAGCAUCCUCAGCAUCCUCAGCAUCCUCAGACCCCCCAACAGCACCCUCAUGCCCAGCAGCCACAAGCACAGUACCCUCACCCUGCUCAUCAGCAACACCCCCAGCAGCAUCCCCAGCAGCACCCACAGCAGCAUCCCCAGCAUCCCCAACCGGCUCCCCAGCACCAACAGCACCAACAGCACCCACGUCCUCCUCAGCCCCAGCACCCUCACCAACAGCACCCCCAGCACCCAGCACAGCACCCAGCACAGCACCCAGCACAGCACCCACAUGGACAUCCCCCUAUGCAGCACCCUCACCCGCAGCACCCACAUGGUCCUCCCCAACAAGGGCCGCACCCGCAGCACCCGCAGCACCCGCAGCACGCCCAGCAUCCUCAGCAUCCUCAGCAUCCUCAGCAUCCUCAGCACCCGCAGGCCAGCCCGCGGACCCCCACAUGCUGGUCACCGUCCCACUCCAGACCAGGAUGAUGAGGAGGGCAUUUGGGCGUAA